AUGUCACCGAUGAUGUUGCACUUGUUGCUGUUGUUGCUGCUGCUGUGUGGUGAGGUGCCGGCAUUCGGACGCAAGGUGAAGCGCAAGGAUGCACAUUAUCUUUUUAAUGUGCCACCGCUACCACAUCAGGGGCCACCACAUCCAGGACCACCACAUCCAGGACCACCACAUCCGGGGCCACCACAUGGCGAUGCUGUGCUCAUAGAUCACGAGGUGCCGCCAUUCGUCUUCGAGGCCAUCAAUCAUGAUGAGUUUGCAGCGCCCAAUAUACAUCACUUGAGUCCGCAUUACGAGCAUGUCGAUUAUACGCACAGUGGGCAUAGCAGUGGACACAGCACCAGCAGCAGCAGCAGCAGUGGAGUUGGAGUUGGAGGUGGAGGUUAUCUCUCCGACAAUGGUUUGCGCAACAUUGCCAAGGGCUCCGCGGAUCAGGCACUCUCCGCUGCAGCCAGUCAAAAUGCAGCCGGCAAGCAGGCCUCGUACGUGGCCAAGAGCACUUUGGCCCAAGCAGCCGCUCAGGCAGCCGGCACCGUGGUUGCCGUGCUCAAGGGCAAGGAGCUGAUGAUGCACCGGUUCGAGGAGCAGAGCGUCGAGGCGCACAAAUCCGUUGAAGGUGAACUGACCCAGUUGCAGCAGGCCAAACGCUCAGCGAAAGCGGCUCAAUAUGCCGCCCAGCAGGCCAUCAAUCAUGUUAGCGUUUUAACAGCUGCCCUCAACAAUGCCCAAUCCGCCUCGGAGCUGGCCCAGAAGGCAGCUGCUGAAGCCGCCGCUGAGUUGUCAUCACAAAUCGAUAUGGUUGCCCAGGCCAAGGGCAAGCUGGAGCACAUCGAAUCGCAGGCGUAUGCGGCACGCUUGGACUACGAGGAGACACGCGAGGCGGCCGAGAAGGCAACGCUGUCUGCCCAGGAGGCGCAACUGAAUGCCAACGAUGCCGCGCUGCAUGCCAAUGUGGAGCUCAGCGAAGCGGUUCACAUUCAUGACAAGAGCGAUCGCAAUGUGGACAAGUCUCCGCCUCCGAAUCCGCCUCCGACUCCCCAUAAGCAUAAGCAACGACAUUAGGGCCAACGUUGUUGGCUCUCUUGGCCAUGGCCAGCUGUCAGCGGUCAGAGGUCAACGCAGCUGCUGCGAUUACUCGUUAAUUCCAACUCCAUUAUUUAUUUGCCUCUUUGUCUUU